AACAACCGAACCAACCACAUUUCACGCUCUAUUCAGGGCUGAAGAAAGAGAGGUGGAAGCGAGCAAGCAUAGAUAGAUAAGCCGUAGGACAACACCCAAACUGGUCGUCCGAGUUCUUCGGUGCUGUAGAAAGAGAGAAUGCAACGACUGACACGCAAAUUCGGCGGCUGUUUAAACACCGGUGCCUAUGAGUCGUAGCAGUUUGGAUUCUUUUCAUUUUAGAUUUAUUUCUCUCUUUUAAAGGGUCGUGCGUUUUGCUGUUUGUUUCUUGCGUUUCCAAGCGAUGGUGGCAACAUUUCGGGAGGUGUUUGAGGAAGCUGUCCCAGUGUUUGCGGAGCAGGUUGAGAAUGCAAGUCUGGAUGUAGCUGAUUGGAGUACCAGAGUUGGUGAUCAGUGUGCGGAGGGGGAGGAGGGGAGAUUCUGAAGGGUUUUUUUCUGUGUGUGACUCUUCAGCGGCCAUGUUAACCAAGAAGCCGUGCGCUGCCGUCUACUCAUCUGGCAAAGGGGGUGAGAUCUGCCAGCUAGAGUCUUCCCCCGGAAUCGGCGUCGGGGGUCUCCGGCCCGCUGUAGGGACCGACCCGACAUCUCCAGUCACAUUACCACCCCUCAGGAAUACCAACUCGCUAACACAGGUAGGAGGCAAUAAGCACACCAUGAAUGAUCACCUGCACAUCGGGAACCACCAGCAGAUCCACGUUCAGCAGCUGUUCGAGGAGAACAGCAACAAACGGACAGUGCUGACCACUCAGCCCAAUGGGUUGACGCCGUCGAACCGGACCGGGCUCCCGGUGCCGGACCGGCCUCAGGAGAGCAGCCAGUGCCGGCAAGGCAGCUCCACGUCCAUCAAGUCCACCGAGAGCAAGCCCAAGGCCACGCCGAUGGCCCCCGACCAGGCCAUGAAGCAGUACAUGGCCAAGCUGUCGGCGUUCGAGCACCAGGAGGUCUUCAACUACCCGGAGGUCUUCUUCGUGGGCCCCAACGCCAAGAAGCGGCCGGGCGUGGUCGGCGGCUCCAACAACGGCGGCUACGACGACGACCAGGGCUCGUACAUCCACGUGCCGCACGACCACAUCUCCUACCGCUACGAGGUGCUCAAGGUCAUCGGCAAGGGCAGCUUCGGCCAGGUGGUGAAGGCCUACGACCACAAGACGCACACGCACGUGGCCCUCAAGAUGGUGCGCAACGAGAAGCGCUUCCACCGGCAGGCGGCCGAGGAGAUCCGCAUCCUGGAGCACCUGCGCAAGCAGGACAAGGACUCCGCCAUGAACGUCAUCCACAUGCUGGAGCACUUCACCUUCCGCAACCACAUCUGCAUGACCUUCGAGCUCCUCAGCAUGAACCUGUACGAGCUCAUCAAGAAGAACAAGUUCCAGGGCUUCAGCCUGCCGCUGGUGCGCAAGUUCGCCCACUCCAUCCUGCAGUGCCUGGACUCGCUGCACAAGAACCGCAUCAUCCACUGCGACCUCAAGCCCGAGAACAUCCUGCUCAAGCAGCAGGGGCGCAGCGGCAUCAAGGUCAUCGACUUCGGCUCCAGCUGCUACGAGCACCAGCGGGUCUACACGUACAUCCAGUCGCGCUUCUACCGGGCGCCGGAGGUCAUCCUGGGCGCCCGCUACGGCAUGCCCAUCGACAUGUGGAGCCUGGGCUGCAUCCUGGCCGAGCUGCUCACUGGCUACCCGCUGCUGCCGGGCGAGGACGAAGGGGACCAACUGGCGUGCGUCAUCGAGCUGCUGGGCAUGCCCUCGCAGAAGCUCCUGGACUCGUCCAAGCGGGCCAAGAACUUUGUGAGCUCCAAGGGCUACCCGCGCUACUGCACGGUCACCACGCUGCCCGACAACACGGUGGUGCUGAACGGCGGGCGCUCGCGCCGGGGCAAGCUGCGCGGGCCGCCCGCCAGCAAGGACUGGGUGACGGCGCUCAAGGGCUGCGACGACCCCCUCUUCUUGGACUUCCUCAAACAGUGCCUGGAGUGGGACCCCGCCCUGCGCAUGACCCCCAGCCAGGCGCUGAGGCACCCCUGGCUCAGGAGACGCUUGCCCAAGCCCCCCACGGGGGAGAAGACGACGGUCAAGCGGAUCACCGAGGGCAGCAGCGCCAUCACGACCAUCUCCAAAUUACCUCCCACGUCCGGCUCCGCCUCCAAGCUAAGGACUAACCUGACGCAAAUGACCGACGCGAAUGGGAAUAUUCAACAACGGACAGUUUUGCCAAAAUUAGUCAGCUGAACACUCUAAUUUAUUGUUUUAUUUUUUUUUUUUUUUUAUUUUGUUUUAGUUUUUCUUCUGUCUAACAAAGAAGAUAUUAUCUUCCAAGUCAGUUGGAAAAGCUGAGCAUUGCAUAACAGUGUGUGAGUUGGUACAUCUGAAGUGUAGACGAACUGUUGCAUAUUCACUACAGUUUUUUUUAUUAUUAGUAGCACCUUUUCACGACUAAAAAAUAUAUAAAUAUAUAUAUUUAUUCGUUUCACUUAGAUUGGAAAGGCCAUGUGAAAGGGAACAACAUUUUAAGUUUGCCAUCUCAGGACUUUGUGCAAGGCCGAAGUGUGUCGGCCUUCACAGAAACUGCUCUGCUACUCUCAAAAGCCCUCAGCAGAUGUUACAAUGUUUUUCUAGAGUUAAAAGAAAAGAGAAGACUGGUUGAAAUUAGGUCAUUCAGGCGUUUUAACGAAUUGAUUUUUAUUUUAGUCAUAAAGAAUUUACCUGUGGACUUUUUACCAAUUGGAAUUAGGCUAUGGGUUACGAAAUGGGG